CCCUCUGACAGAGAGAUUGCAAUGGAGGAAAUGAACAACCACGAAAAUCAUUAACAGCACUGCGAGGGGACGGGAAAGGGACGGGCGGAGAUCAAUGGGGAUUUAAAGACAGGACAUCAGCUGAAAUAUUCCUGCGUUGGAGGCAAAGGCACUGUUACUGUGCUCUCGCGGUUUAGGGAUAUUUAAUCUCCGGUUGAAGGAAUCGUGAGGCAAAGGCGAGAAGCAGCUCCGGCUCCAGGGAAGGAGCUGCAAAGACGAUAGGGCUCCGUGCGGUACCUUCUGCAGAAGUUACACAGAUCCCCGAUCCACCCGUUAAACCCUGGAGCCCGAGACAUGUCUGGUGAGGAAAUCCCUCAGAUUUUGUUGCUGUUGCUCUUUCCUGGAGCUUUGUUUGGAACGGGAGGUUUGGCUUUGAACGCCAACUCUGCCCCCAGGACCACAAGCGACUUCACUGAUCUGACUACAUCUACUGUCCAGCGCUUCUCCCGAGAGCACGUGUCUAACUACGCCACAUUCCUCCUGGGAAAGAGGGAGAAGGUUCUGUACGUGGGAGCUAAAGGGGCCGUGUUUGCUCUGAGCCUGAACACUGUGACCCAGGAGGUUAAGAAGUCGCUCACAUGGACCAUGUCAGAGGAACAGAGGGUGGACUGCACCACAAAAGGAAAGACUUGGGAGGAGUGUAACAAUUUCAUACGUGUGUUGGAGUACAUUAACCACACGCACAUCUUCACCUGUGGAACCUUUGCAUUUAACCCUCAGUGCACCUACAUCAAGGUCUCCGACUUUGAGCUGGUGAAGAAUGGAGAUGGAGAGGUGCUCCUGGAGAGUGGGAAGACAAAGUGUCCAUAUGAUCCGGCUUUGAGGCAUACCGUCGUGAUGGCAGAUGGAGUGCUUUACGCUGCUACUACAUCCAAUCUCCAUGGGACUCAACCGCUCAUCUCCAGGACGAUGGGUCCCUUAAACCAGCGAAUCUCAACAGAAAUGUUAACGUCUUGGCUGAAUGACCCAGUGUUUGUUGGCUCUGCCAUGAUAAAGGAGAGCUUGAGGAGUGAGGUGGGAGACGAUGAUAAACUGUAUUUUUUCUUCAAUGAGCUGAGCGAGGAGUUUCAUUAUUACACUGAGCUGCGGGUCUCCAGAGUCGCUCGGGUCUGCAAGGGUGAUCUUGGUGGGUUGAAGACACUACAGAGGAAGUGGACCAGCUUCUUGAAGACCCAGCUGGUAUGCAGCGAUCCAGCGAGCAAGCUUUACCUGGACGUGAUUCAGGACGUGUUUGUGUUGCAGCCAGAUCCCAAGGACUGGUCCAGCACCCUGUUUUACACAGCGUUCACCUCUCAGUGGAGUGAAGCUCUCUCUGCGGUCUGUGUGUUCAGCAUCAAAAGCAUCCAGCAAGCCCUGGACGGACCAUAUAAAGAAUACCAACCUGACUGUUCCACUUGGAUAAAGUCUGAGGAUGAAGUCCCAUCGCCAAGGCCUGGUGCUUGUAUCACAGAUUUACAACGGAACAAUUCCAUCAGCAGUUCACUCCGCCUGCCGGACCAGGUGCUGCUCUUUUCCAGGAAGCAUCCUCUCAUGGACCAUACCAUCCUGCCCAUUGGCCAGCGGCCUGUGCUUGUGACCCGCGAAGCUCAGUAUUCCCACAUUGCCGUCCAACAAGUGAAGGCAUCCGACGGGCGCACAUACGAGGUCCUCUUCCUGGCAACAAAUGAUGGGCGAUUGCACAAAGCUGUCUCCAUUGGUUCCGCAAGUCACAUCAUCGACGAGAAGAAUUUAUUCGAACGUACUCAGCCCAUUCAGAACCUCAAACACCAUCAGGGCUUCCUGUACAUUGGAUCUCCCAGUGAGGUUGUGCAGCUAGCGGUGGCAGACUGUGAGAAAUACAAGAGCUGUUACGACUGUAUCUUGGCCCGGGAUCCCUACUGUGGGUGGAGCAAGGUGGCAUCUAGAUGCAAAUUGUAUGAGAAACGUGAUUCCAGUGGAUCAGCCUUGCUCCUUAGGAUGUUGCCCAGAAGAUGUUCCGUCUUGAAGCUGUUCUGUACACUGACAAUCCUGGGAUUCUUUUCUGUGAUGUGGCUGCACUUCAACUGUGCAGCAAAUAGCCGACAGAGCAGUAUUGCUGACCUCUCCUCACACCAAUCCUGCCAGGAGGAGAAGGAGGAGGAUCCGACGAUCUGGGGCCCUCACAAAAUUGCCAUCGUUGUUCCUUUCAGGGAACGCUUUGAGGAAUUGUUAAGCUUUGUGCCCUACAUGCACGAGUUUUUAAACAAGAAGAAGAUCAGACACAAAAUCCUUGUGAUCAACCAAGUCGACCACCUCAGGUUUAACAGAGCCUCUUUGAUAAAUGUGGGUUUCCUGGAGAGUGGGAAUGACACAGAUUACCUCGCUAUGCACGAUGUGGACUUAUUGCCCCAGAAUGAAGAGCUGGACUACGGUUAUCCAGAAAAAGGACCAUUUCACGUAGCAUCACCAGAGCUUCACCCCCUGUACCACUACAAGACAUAUGUGGGAGGCAUCCUCCUGCUCACUAAGCAGCACUUUGAAUUGUGUGAUGGGAUGUCAAACCGGUUCUGGGGAUGGGGGCGUGAAGAUGAUGAAUUUUACCGGAGAAUGAGAGCAGCAGGACUGCAGCUUUUCCGCCCCACGGGAAUUACAACGGGAUAUGAAACAUUCCGACAUAUCCAUGACCCAGCCUGGAGGAAGAGGGACCAGAAAAGAGUGUCCGGACAGAAGCAGGAACAGUUUAAAGUGGACACAGAGGGUGGCUUAAAGAACUUGAAAUACAAAAUUGGUUCCCGAGCAGAGCUCACAAUAGGAGGGGCACAUUGCACCAUUAUCAGCAUCUUACUAGAAUGCGAUUUGAACGAAACCCCUUGGUGUGUAAUAAACUGAAUGGACAGAUGCUGGAAACGAUUGGAUUUCACUUAAUUGACAUGGGACUGACUUGAUGGUGGAUGAACCUAUCACCAUGGGAUUUCAGAUUCCUGUUCCUAAAGGCGAUGCUCUUAAAGCACAAGGUGUUGCCUGCUGAGCGGUGUCCAGGUGCUGGGGUGAAUGCAAUAUUAGAUAGAAGCGGAACCCCUUUCUGUUGAGUGACACAGGCUGUUAAGUAUUAUAAAUUAUAGCAGAGUUUGCAAGUCAAUUGCAAGUGACUAUUCACUUGCCAGUGUGAUUGAUGAAAGAUGAAAUCUUUGUGAUGAUGGAGGUACUGAUGAGCUGUCACGAUAGUUAGCGGAGGGGAAUCUUAAACUUUUAUUCGAAAGUUCUUCAGAAAUUCACAAGCCCAUAGAAUUAUACAGCA